GGCCGCACCUCUGGCUCUGCCCUAACCGUUGCUCUUUUAAGGUCUCCCUCCACCUCUGGCUGGCGUUGCCCGUUUAAGGCCUCGGUCAUUCAUGCUGCUCCUUGCUGGGGUGGGGAAGCGGCGGUGCGCCUGUGCUGCUACUGCUGCUGCCGGGAUCCCCGGCGCGGAGGGCUGAAGGCCGCGCAGAGCCGACGCGAUGGCGGAGAAGCGUGUGUCCCGCUGGUACUUCGGCGGCCUGGCCUCGUGCGGGGCAGCCUGCUGUACCCACCCGCUGGACCUGCUCAAGGUCCAUCUGCAAACCCAGCAGGAAGUGAAGCUGCGCAUGACAGGAAUGGCACUACAUGUGAUUCGCAAUGAUGGCUUUCUAGCACUCUACAGUGGGCUUAGUGCCUCACUCUGCCGACAGAUGACGUACUCCCUCACCCGCUUUGCCAUCUAUGAGACUGUGAGGGACCACUUGGUCCAGGGUGCCCAGGGGCCAAUGCCUUUCUACCAGAAGGUGUUGCUAGCUGCAAUAGGAGGUUUUACUGGUGGGUUCGUGGGGACCCCAGCUGACCUGGUAAAUGUCAGGAUGCAGAAUGAUAUGAAACUACCACUGCAUCUGAGGCGCAACUACUCGCAUGCUCUGAAUGGGUUAUAUCGAGUCCUUCAUGAAGAGGGUAUAAAGAAAUUGUUCUCUGGAGCAACAAUGGCAUCCAGUCGAGGAGCCCUGGUCACUGUUGGACAGCUCUCCUGCUAUGAUCAAGCCAAGCAGUUGGUUCUUGGGACCGGUUUGCUCUCUGACAAUAUUUUCACCCACUUUCUGUCCAGUUUUAUUGCUGGUGGUUGUGCCACAUUCCUGUGUCAGCCCUUGGAUGUGCUAAAGACACGGCUAAUGAAUUCCCAGGGCGAGUAUCGGGGCGUUAUGCACUGUGCAGUGGAGACUGCCAAGCUUGGACCGUUGGCCUUUUAUAAGGGCCUUGUUCCUGCUGGCAUUCGUUUGAUUCCACACACUGUGCUCACCUUUGUCUUUCUGGAGCAGCUACGAAAAUACUUUGGGAUUGUAGUGUUGGCUUAAGAGAGGAAAGGCCUGCCUAGUUGGAGACAUGAAAGAAAAGAAGGAAAUGGGUCUGAAAAUAAGGAUCCUGCCAUGCUCAGGCAUCACACACGAGCUCUUAACAAGACGCAGCAGUCCUACAGUUCCCUUUCUAGUGCCAUAGCCAAUAGCUGUCCUCUCCCAGAAUUCUCCCUUCCUAGUGCCUGACAAUCACACAAUUUUGGCUAAUGAGCCAGCCCUUCAGUAUCGUUUGGUGCCUAAUGGUAUAAGCCAGCCAGCCAAUUGUAGAAUUUCCUCGUUCAGUGCCCAGUGUCAGUAAGCAGGCAAUCCAGAAAUGCCUUUCUCCAUGUCCAUGAAUCCACUGCUGACUUGCCUGUCAACACUACAGUGCUGCCUUUAGUGAUAUAUUCCUGCUGAUCCCUCAGUAUUCUUAAUGUCCAACAAUACCACAAUGUCUUUGGUUAACAGCCAGCAUUCCAAUAAGGGCAUCUACUUCAUUUUUAACCAACACGCUUGUCAGCGGUAGCCUGCAGUGCCAUAGUUCUCUUUUUCAGUGUCAUGGACAGAAAAUCAGCAUACCUACAAUGCCAUCUUCUUUUGUGGUCCUCUUCUGAUUUGUUACCACCCUUCUAAUGCACAAAUACUUUCCUUCCAAGUCAUCUCAUAAUGAUGCGCAUGAAAAAAGUAGCUCUGUAGAAUCUUAAAAUGGUCACUUCUCUGGCCCUUUUAGAUGUUUACAGCAGUGAAUAGCUAUCUCCUCAUGAAAGAGAUUAUGGUAGCUGCUAGGACCUCAUAAUAGCAGUGUGCUAAACUGAGCAAAAAUCUCCCCCAUACACACAGUGUGUUUCUUGGAAGACAUACUUUCUUUCACUGCUUCCAGCCUGCUCCCUUGUUCCUACCUCAGUCUCCCUUGACCUUCAGGGUUACAGCCAAAGGAGCAGGUGGUUCCUUGUGGUUAUCACCUGUCUCGAAGAAAUCUUCUGCAAGCAACACCCAUCCGAGAAGUUUAGCAUUCCUUGCCUUCAUUUGCUUCUUGCUUCAGCAUUCAAGACCUGAUUAGCCAAAGCCUCCUGAAACCAAAGGGCCCUGUUAGUGUCUUGAAGCAAUGACAGUGGAAGCAGGCUUCUGAAGUGCUGGUGAGAAGCAGUAGUCAAGACAGCUGGCCUGUAGGGAGUGAGGACAGUGUCUCACCCUGCUCCUAUAUACCAGUCAAAUAGGUAACUAGCUUUCUCCAAGGUGAGGGAGGAAAGGGGGGAAUGCAGGCCAAAGUGGCCAAGGUCUCAUAGGACAGUGCUUAUCUGAAUAGGUACAGUUUGUCAGUAUCACACUUGGCCUCACCCAGGAAUUAUGUUGUCUGCAUUGUGCUCAAGAGGAUGAACUAAGACUGCAAGGGGGGGCUCCCUAUUGACUAGUUAAUUUAAAACAAGUGUCAGAGUAAAGCACCCCCUUUACCUGCGGGCCUCUUCCUUUCCAUAAUGCCUGUCCAAGCUGUGCUGUGACAAUUUGUCUGAACCCUUUUUGGUAGCAUUGAAGGAAGCCUAGAAGGCUAUGGAGUUUCUCCAGGUUGCCUCUACUGUAGCAUUGAUUUUUUAAAAUGUCUCUGGAUCUGUCCCACCCAAGCCUCUGUUUAAUGAAAUCAGUUUUGUCUGUUUUGUUUUGUUCCUUCUCGCUGCUGGGUCAUAUCACCCAUCCACCCACCCACUGACAUGUGGAUGGACUAUCCCCCAUAUGUGACUUGUCAUUCCAGAGGGUGGUGACCCAUGGGCAUGAAGAACCAGAGCAAGUGAUCAGCACUUUUGUAAUCAUGUUAAUAAAGCAAUUGUACAAA